AUGCGGGAAAAGUUCCUGGUCUCGCCUCCACGGCGAUCAUUGAGUGCGCCCUGCGCGACACUUCGACAUGUGUGCCCCGUUUAUGCCCAUGAAGUAAAUGAGGAAGAGUUGCGUGCGGAGGUGGUGGAGGCCGUAUCGUCUCUUGCCAACCCGCGCCUGCGCGUAACGAGGGUGGCCUUUUUGUUUCCUUCUUUCGCCACGAGUGUCUCGUCUAGCGUCGAAACUACAGGGGACAAUGGGGCCUGGCAGCUUGUAUCGAACUCACAGGCAUGUGUGCAGGAGGAAACUGCUGGCCAGCCGGUUUUAUUUGACCGCCUUAGAAUGGCAAAUUCACAAAUAAAUCUCUUGAAUAGCAUGAGCGGGCAGACGCUGCAGCGGUGCGCUGAGCUCGAGGAAAAUAAUAUAUCACUUAGUCGUGCGCUGACGCAGGCCCUUGACGAGAACCGACAACUGAGUGAGCGGUUACAGAGCUGCUUGGAGGAGCUUGAGACGCAAAGGAAAUUGGUGGCGGUGUUGCACCGCGAGUUGCAGGCCGCGCGACAUGCGACAAGCACUCUGUAA